GAUCUCUCCAGUAGACGGAGGCGCCGCUGCGGAGAGACCGGCGUCAAUCUGCGCGUGUCUCUCCUGUGCCCGUUCGUCCGCGGAUGUGCCCGGUGCUUGUCAUUGCUUUACCUUUGCAAACUGUUCUAGAACCAUAACAGCUUCAUUUGUGGAGUUCAAUUCAUUUCAUGUGACUGAAGUUCCGGCAGACUCGGUUCGGAUCUUUCUUCGCCAGAGGCACCGGAGCAUCUGCACUUAGGUUCGGUUCGGCUCAGCCGAUCUUCAUCCGUUCAGCCGGCGUGGACUCAUACUCUCAGCGCUGACAACUUGAACAACUCCAGGAUGUUGUGUGUCGGCGCUGCUGGGCUGCAGGUUUUUGCGGUUCUGCUCGUUUUUUCAGCACAAUGUGGUGUGAGUCGAGCUGAGACUCCGGUGACGGUCCGGAGAGUGACCCAUCCUCCCCUGCGGCGUCCGUUAGCCGACUCUGCCCUCAUCCCGUGUGUGUUCACCCUGCCGGCCACCCUCGUCCCGGGACACGGCCCGUACAUCCACUGGACCCGCAGCUCCGGAGCACAGGAGAGGACGGUGCUGACGGCGCGGGACGGGGUGGUCAGGGUGCACCAGGCGUACGCGGGUCGGGUCAGUCUGCCUGGAUACUCCACCAACCCGCUCAACGCAUCACUGGCGCUUUCCCAGCUCCGCUCCAAUGAUUCCGGGACGUUCCGAUGCCACGUCGCCCUGGGAGAAAAUUAUGAGCAGGAUACAGUCAACCUGGAGGUCACAGGUGUGGUGUUUCACUACCGUUCUCCUGCGGACCGGUAUUCGCUGUCAUUUGCGGAGGCCGUUCGCGCGUGUGAGGAGAAUUCGGCCGAGGUCGCGACCCCUGAGCAGCUGUGGGCGGCGUUUCACUCCAGCAUGAACAGCUGUGCGGCCGGAUGGCUCAAAGACCAGAGCGUCAGGUAUCCCGUACAGAGACCGGAGCUCGGUUGCUAUGGACACGCAGAGUUUUCUCAGGGGGUGAGGAAUUAUGGGAAACGGGAUCCUUCGGAAUUGUUUGACGUUUACUGUUUCGCCAGUGACAUGCAAGGUGAAGUGUUUCCCGCCGCCGUUCCUGACAGACUGACUCAUCCGGAGGCCUCGGCUCACUGCGCGUCUCUGGGCGGCCGGCUGGCGACCGUCGGUCAGCUCUAUCUGGCCUGGAGGUCUGGGCUGGACCACUGCGAGCCGGCCUGGCUGUCUGAUGGCAGCGUGAGGUUUUCCAUCAGCUCGCUGCGGUCCGACUGUCCCGCUGGAGAACCAGGCGUCCGAACCGUUUCUCCCACAGAACUGAGCAACGGAACGGCACGGUUCGAUGCUUUCUGCUAUCGAGAAAAGAAAACGCAGAAGGCUCUCACGGGCAUCGUGAAGUCUUUACUGAGACCGUGGAGGUACAUGACCGGAGACGACAGUUCAGAGGAGAGAACAGAAGACACGUAUUCCUCCAGGAGCGACGCACAGACCGCCAGCCAGCCGGACUCGCCUGACCUUCAGCCCGCUAACUGGACCGGACAGGUGGAUUUGGACAAAGAGCCGCUCAUGGCCGCCGAACCCGCCGAGCUGUCGGCCGAGUAUCUGACGGUCCGUCUGCGCGCCGGAGACACGUCUCUGGACUGGAGCGGCCAGCUGGACUCGUUCCCAGACAGCCGACAGGUGCUUCCUGAUCUGAGGUCGGAUCUGAGUCCCGGCGGUUCGGCCCGAGAGGAAGAGGAUGAGGACGAAGGUCUGUCCGGGCAGUCCGUGAGUCCUGCGGCUCCUUCAGACGCUCCUCAAGAAAAGGCCGAGAGUUCACUCACCAACAUCGUCAGCUCGUUAUGGAAACCCUGGAGCUACCUGACAGGAAGUGAAGCGGAGGAGACGACCAAGAGCGCGGCUGCGACGGAGACGCCCGUGACGGACGUCAGGACCACUGCAACUCCCGGAUCAGGGUUGACGUCAUGGUGGAGUCACUCUUGGCUGUCUAGUCCUUCGACCAUCACAAACGACAAAUUAAUCACCUCCUUUCCGGCCACGAGUCCAGUCGUACCCACGACGGUCCCACCAAACACCGCUAGAGACGAAGCGGACAACAACCAGACCAGUCGAUCUACACAGGACGGUCCGGCGACGGCGGCCGAUUGGAUCGUGGUGACCGAAACACCCGAACAGAAAACUGAAACCCUUGAGCCCAAAGUCUCCAUCUCGACCGAGAACUACUCCGGAGAGAGUCGAGUGCCGGAGACGGAGGGCAGCUCGUGGGGCGACACGUACCCGUCGUCCCAAGCGCCGCUGACGGUGAUGACGACGAGCACCGAUUCCUUCUCCACCGCCCCACACGGACACGAGGCUCGCGGAGAAAUCCAGUACAGACGCAGAAACAAACCCAAGAGACUCAACCAGAGCACCACGGAGAUGACAACGAGCGUCGCCCUGAGCACCACGACUCCCUUCAUCCUGACGUCCAACGCUGAAGACACUGGGACGACCCUCUUGAUGUCUACAGACGAGUCUCACACGUCAAAUUUCGUCACGACGGUUUCCAGCACCGUAGAGCAGGAUCUGAGCAGCACCGAGACUGUCAAGAAGAACAGCUCCACUGGAGAAGAAGAAGUGGACGACAGAUGCAGCUGUCUGCACGGAGGGACGUGUCUUCCUCACGGAGAGGGUUUCCGCUGCUUCUGUCCGCAGGGUUACACAGGAGAGAGCUGCGAGAUCGAUGUUGAUGACUGUCAGUCGAACCCCUGUGAGAACGGCGGCACCUGUAUCGAUAAAGAGGACUCAUUUGUGUGUCUCUGCUUGCCAAGCUACAGCGGAGACCGUUGUGAGAGAGACACGGAGGGCUGUGAACACGGCUGGAAGAAGUUUCACGGUCACUGCUACCGUCUGUUUCCACGCAGACACACUUGGGAGGACGCAGAGAAGGAUUGCAGGGAACACAGCAGUCACCUGACCAGCAUCACUUCCUCCAUGGAGCAGGACUUCCUUAAUGGUCUGGGUCAUGAGAACGUUUGGAUCGGUUUGAAUGAUCGUACAGUGGAAGAGGAUUUCCAGUGGACUGAUGGGAUGGAUGUUGUGUACGAGAACUGGCGUGAGAAUCAGCCGGAUAAUUUCUUCGCGGGCGGAGAGGAUUGUGUGGUGAUGAUCACCAGAGAGGACGGCAAAUGGAACGACGUGCCCUGCAACUACAAUCUACCCUACGUUUGCAAGAAAGGAACUGUGAUGUGUGGCACUCCACCGGCGGUAGAUAACGCCUAUCUAGUGGGCCGCAGACGGUCACACUACGACAUCCACGCUGUGGUUCGGUACCAGUGCGCCGACGGCUUCUUUCAGAGACACAUACCGACUGUCCGCUGCCGACCCAACGGGACCUGGGAAAGACCCAAGAUCAUCUGCAAUAAAUCACGGCGAUCUCACCGUUACCGUCGGCAACACCACAGAUCUCGGCGCGAGCAUCGACGACACCGGAGACACGGAUCUGGGCACAGGGGGCGGGAUUAAGCCACGGGGGCGGAGUUCAAAGCAGGGGUUGUGACCUCUGACCCUGUGACCUCUGUUCCUGAGUUUUCACGUUAGAGGAAACGCAACAGAUGGAAAGGACAGAAAUAAUCGUUCUUUUUUACUGCUGUUAUUUAGGUUUCAUUAACCCUCCGUUCACAUCUUCAUUAGAUUCAUUGGUUAAUUCACACAGACGAGCGGCGACGUGUCAGUCUGCAGCGAUACGGGCGACACAAACGCUCCUCAUCUUUAUAGGAUAGUUGUAUUAAUUUGUUCACGCAGCAGGUGAAGGUUCUGGUAGCUCAUGCUCAUAUUUGUUAAGCUUUAGAUAUUUUUGGAUGUAAUGCUUUAAUGAAAUACUGAAUGUCCAAACUGCCCCAAAUGAUUCAUAUUCGUAAAAUGAGACGCUCUUCAGGCCUUUAAAUGGCACAAUAAUUCCUACAUUGCACAUCUUGAGACUUUGACUUCAUUUGCUGAUCAUUUGGUUUAUACUGAAACACUUGUGAAAUGUGAAUCCUCCUCAUAAAUUGUUCAUAAAUGAGUGAAUAUCAUAAAGAAAAGCAUCGUCCAGCUCAUGUUUCACAACAAAAUUAAAAGAAAAACUUAAGUAAUUAUAUUUUGCAUAAAGGAAAUGAAACCUAUUUUUAAAUCCAUUUCCCUUAAAUUAAACAUCCAAACAUUAAUAACAUCCUGUUCUCAUCACUGUGAUAAAGGGUUAAAUCAUCCUGCCUAAAAAAAAAUUUUUAAUUAAAUUGCUCAAUUUAACAUAAAUAAUUAUAAAUAUAAUUGCUUAAUAUGAUACUUUAAAAUUGACUUUACAAUUAUUAUUAUUAAUAUUAUUAUUAUUAUUAUUAUAUUAUAAUUGUCAUAAAAAUAAUGUCAAAAAAUUCUUUAUACCAGUGUUUUAUUAAUAUUUUCAAUCAGUUUAUAUAUUUGCAGAUAUUAGUAUAUAUAUAUAUAUAUAUAUAUAUAUAUGUAUGUAUGUAUAUUAGUGCAAUAUAUAUAAGCACACAAACGUACAUUUAUAUAUUUAAGAAAACUUUACAUAUAUUUAUAUAUUCAUAUUUAUAUAUGAUUUAUAUUAUAUAUAAGUAUAAAUAUAUAUUACAUUUUUUCUUAUUUAUAAAUGCAUAUAAAUAUACACAGUACACGGACAUGUUAUGUAAACCCAAACUUUUCUUUGGAUGAUAAAUAUAUAUAUAUAUAUAUAUAUAUAGUUUCUUUCUUUUUUUUUCUAUGUUGUUUUAGCGCACCAAGUUAAGCUAAAUUAAAAUGACAAAUGUUGCUUUGGCAACUAGCUGAAAAUAAAAAUUUGCUCUUUAAUUUUAUUUCACUUCACAUUUAUUUCAAGCGAUGAAAAUGUUUUUAAUUUUACUAAGUUUUAGUUCACCUAUAAUAUGUCUGCCUUCUGCAAAAUGUAAUUUCUUCUUUCUUUUGGAUGUGGGGUGAAAUAUGAGCAAAACUGAACUGAAAGUGAGUUUGUGAUUAAAUCAUUUGAUUUAUGAAGCAUCUGGAAGAGAAAUGAUCAUCAUGUGUUGAUCUGAGCAUCAAACUAUCAUCUCUGCAUUCAGAUUCCAAAUGAAUCAUUUGUGUUUACUUGAAUCUGAAUCAGAAUGAUUUGACUCUUUGAACAGAAACAAACACGCUGAGUCCUCAAGAGGGCGAUAGAGUUUCCUUCAGAUCUCAGUAUUAUUAAACCUGAUGGAUCAGUGUUCAGCUCACUUCACAUAAACAGGCCAACAGUUUCACUUUCUCUGAAAGAUCGAUACUUCGACCUGAAAGAGAAAACGAAGCCUAGAAGAAAGUUUAUGCAUGAACAAACUUUAUUAAUUGCAUUCUGACACAUUUUCAGAUGUGUGAGUGUUCACAUCAUCAGGUACGUUUGAGGCCGCAGGGUCUUGUAUCUUUUCCAGAUGCUCUGAGUAUGAGAGUUUAUUGUCACCUGCUGAAGCGUGCGUGAGUGUGACACGUUGUAGGAGUUUCCGACGGAUUCAUUUCACACGCCUGUUGCUUGGUAACAUGUCGACAUGUGUCUCGUGUCCUUCCUGUAUGUGUGUAUGCAGGAGAAUGCAAGUUUGUGUGUGUGUUAUUUGAGAUAACUGCAUGCGUUUCUGUGUGUAUGUUUUUGUUUGUGCAGUUUUAAGUGUUUUUUACACAACAGAUGAAACUCAUUAAUUAAUUCACACCCAAACACAGAAAAAAAUGUUUCAUACUCAGUAUUUUUGUCUUGGUUUCCAGUAUCUAAACAUUCCUAAAUAAAGAUGCAUUUACUUAAGAAGCAAAAAAUAAUUAACAAAAAUUAAGUGUUUGUUUAAAACAAGAAAUAUCUGCCAUUGGGGUCAGAAAAAUAAACUUAAGUUUAAUUUUUCUUCUCCAAUUAGCAGAUAUUUUUCUUGUUUGAAGCAUAAACUCACUUAAUUUUAAUAAAGUAUAAUAAGUCUUGUUUUCUGAGAAAUUCAAAUAAUUUUUCAUCUCAAGUAAAUUUCCUCUCAAAUAAAAAAAAACAGCAUUAAAUUUAUUCACUGAUAGAGGAUUAAAAACUAAAUCUAUCCUAUCCAAAAAUAAAAAUAAAAAAAUCAGUUGAAAUGCAUAAAUUCAACGCAAAUUAAAUUCAGGACAACAAAUAUACUUUAAAAUAAACUUAUUUUCUCUUUGAAUUGUAUUAAUAAAUUAUAAUUAAUUUUUAUUUAUUAUAUUACAUUUUUAUAAUAACUUUCUUACCAUACUGAAAUUUUUUUUUUACUUGUUUUAAGCAUAAAUUCACUUAAUUUUAAUAAUAUUUACUUAAUAAUUUUAUUUCAUAUUUUAAGUAAUUUUGCUGAAGUAAUUGAGUCUUGAUUUAUGAAAAAUGUUUAGAUGUUUGUAUUAGAAAACAAGAUAAAAAUACUGAGUAAGAACGUCAUUUUUUCCAAUUCAGGAUCUGUUCCUAAACCUAGUGAUUUUCCUAACUAGACAACUUAAAGAUGCAACUUCCUUAAGGUUUUCUAAUAUCACUUUGAUAAAGAAAUCGAUUUGGGAAUGCAUUGCAUCAAGCUCAGUUAAAUCUAAUGCGGCAUGUGGGAUCAAGUUAAAAAUACAUUUCAUUUAUUAGUGCAAAAAUUGAUUUUUAUGAAUGCAUUAUUUUAUUCAUUAUAUGUGCAUGUCGAGUCAUUUGUUGUUGUUAAAAUAGGUUUUUAACAUUAAAUUCUUGAAAUCAAAUGACGAUCGACACACAAAUGUGCUUCCGAAUCUCUCACUCGUGAGGUUCAGUCUCAGUUAGGAUGCUGCCUAUGUAGGGAGCACUAGGUUUUGGAGUAGAUGUGGAUCGUAUCUGUUUUCUUUUCCUCUCAGUAUGAUCUGUGUGUUUAUUUAUAACAUGUAUUCUUUAGUGAACACGAUGACGAAUAAUCCAUAACAGCUCACUCUUUUGUUUGCUCUGAGCUUAUAGAUCUACUUUCUUCUGUAAAUAAAUAGUCUUCACUCAUUGAUUCCUUCUAA